AUGGAUUCCUUACCAUUACAUAAACAAAUUCUUACCUUUACAACUUCAAAAAUGAUCAAUAUACAAGUUAUUAAUAUUCAAAUUUAUCUUUUACAAUUUACAAUGGCUAUUAAAAAGAAAAGGGAUUUUAAUCAGCUAAUAAUUCUUGAUUUAUUGAGUUCUAAACGUCGUAUUUUAAGAAGAUUAAGAUUAGCUAAAAAAAACAGGAAAAAAAGAAGCUGUUGGUUCUAUAUUGGACGCACAGAUUUGUGGUGGCAAAAUCUCAUAUUAAACAUUACACCUAAAGAAGCUUAUAAAAAAAACUUUCGAUUAGAUAAAAAUUCCUUUUUUGAACUUGUCUCCCUUCUUGAACCUUAUAUAUCUCCAGAUUCUUACUCACCAAAUAUAAGAGCAAUCACACCAGAUAAAAAAGUUGCUAUAACGCUAUACUAUUUAAAAGACAGUGGUACAUUGAACAUGACAGCAAACACUUUUGGAAUUGCAGUUUGUACUACUUCAGCAGUCAUUUUUGAAGUUUGUAAUGCUAUUGUAAAGUAUAUAGGACCAAGGUUUGUUAAUUUACCAAAAAAUAAACAGCAAAUGAGAGAAAAAAUAUCUGAGUUUGAGUCAAAGUUUGGAAUGAUUCAAGCCUUUGGUUGUGUUGAUGGCACUCACAUUCCCAUUGUUUGUCCAACUAAUCAUUCUCAAGAUUAUUUUUGUUACAAACAAUACUAUUCAUUACAGGUUCAAGCAGUUUGUGAUUACAAAGGCAGUUUUUUGGAUGUUGAAUGUAUGUGGCCUGGUAGUGUGCAUGACGCUAAAGUCUUUUCAAACUCUUCUAUUAAUACUAAUUUGAGAAGUUCAAGACUUCCAGGAACCUUUCAAACUAUUACUAAGAACAAAAUAAAAGUUCCAUGCUACCUAAUUGGAGAUCCUGUAUAUCCACUACUUCCACAUUGUAUGAAAGAAUAUAGUACAUGCAAGAAAAAUGAUGAAGUCAUUUUUAACAGUAUGUUGAGGACUGAACGCAACCCUAUAGAAUGUGCUUUUGGUCGACUUAAAGCACGUUGGAAAAUUUUGACCAAAAAAAUGGAUUUAAAACUUGAAAAAAUUCCAACAGUAAUUUAUGCAUGUUUUAUUUUACAUAACUUUUGUGAACGACACAGUAUCUGCAUUGAUGAAGAGUUAGUAAAAAUACAAGUUGAGGUAAUAAAUGAAAAUGAAAAAAAUUUUAGAAAUUUACCAGAUCCAAUUUUUUCUUGUAUUGACGGUGAAGGUGAAGUUAUUCGCAAAGCAUUAACUGAGUACAUUAGUGAAAAUUAUGUUCAAAAGCAAACUGUUUACACAAAAUAA